AGAUGGCGUUGGCGCGGAUUGCCUGUAGCGGCUGGGCCGGCCUGGGGAGCAGAAACGCGUGGCGGCUGCCCCGGUCCGGCUUCUCCUCCUCCUCCUCCGGGAGCCCCGGGCGUGGCUGGAGCUGGCCUUCCUCCAGGGCCUUGCUGGGGGCCGCCUUCGCACUGGGAGCCGCGGUGGGCACCGGCCGGAUUUUGCACCGCCGCUUCGGAGCCGAGGAACAGCUGGCCGACCAACACCGGGACGGGAUCCUGCCGGAUAGCCAUCUCCACCUGACGCUCUACCAGUAUAAAACCUGCCCAUUCUGCAGCAAAGUCCGAGCUUUCCUGGAUUACCACCGGCUGCCGUACGACAUUGUGGAGGUGAACCCAGUCAUGAGAAAAGAAAUCAAAUUUUCCUCCUACAGAAAGGUCCCCAUUCUUCUCAUCGAUACGGAAAGUGCUCUGCAACUGAAUGACUCUUCCGUGAUCAUCAGCGCCAUUAAAAGCUACCUUAUAUCCAGGAAGAGCUUGGAAGAAAUUGCCUCUUACUACCCUUCCAUAAAAGCCAUAAAUAGCGAAGGGAAGGAAGUGAACGACUUUGGGAACAAGUAUUGGUUGAUGCUGGACAGCAAGGAAGCUCUCUGCGUUUAUCCUGUCGAGGAAGCAAGGAAGGAAGAAAUGAAAUGGCGGAAGUGGGUGGACGAUCGGCUGGUCCACUUGAUCUCCCCCAACGUUUACCGCACGCCGGGGGAAUCCCUGGCCUCCUUCGACUACAUCGUGCGGGAAGGGAAGUUUGGCUUGGUGGAAGGCUUUUUUGCCAAAUACGUGGGGGCGGCUGCCAUGUUCUUUGUCAGCAAGAGGCUGAAGAAAAGACACCAUAUGCGGGACGAUGUUCGGCAAGACUUGUAUGAGGCGGUUGAUGAUUGGAUGAAGGCUGUUGGCAAGCACCGGAAGUUCAUGGGAGGAGACCACCCUAACCUCGCCGAUUUGGCAGUCUAUGGAGUCCUAAGGGUCAUGGAAGGCUUGGAGGCUUUUGGAGAUGUGAUGGAGCAUACCAAGAUCCAGCCUUGGUACCGGCGCGUGGAGGAUGCCAUCGGGCAGGGGGAGGCAGCCAGCUGGGCACGGUGCUGAGUCUCGGGGGCGGGGGGAGGGAUCAAGGUUUUGCCUCGCCUAGGAAAAGCUGUUUUGAUUUAAAGCAGUGUAGUUCUGCGCGUUGGACUGGAAUAGAACCAAAUCACGAAUCUCAAAGCAGCAAGAUGGAGAUACGGAUUUAUUUUGAUUUUAGAAAAGAGGUUCGAAGAGCCAGGGACGAGGCUGUGUUCUUUGGAGGCUGGACUUUGAGUUAAAAGCAACUUGUCUUUCUGGUCACUUUCAAAAACACGAAAUUCAAGCCUGAAACGAAUGCUCGGACGCUAAGCUACGAAGCCACUUCUGCCCCAGGCAAGAAAACAUUUUGAAUUGGCCUGACCGCUGCCUCGUUGCAAGCCUGAUGAAUUUAAUUUUAGUACCAGCUUACGAAAGGAAAUGUUUGUUUUUCGUGUUUGGUUUUAAUGGUUAUAUAUACAGUAUAUAUAUAUAUAUAUUCUGGGAUGCCUGUUAAACCAGGUUUGACUUGCAUUGGAGGCAGGUUUUCUCUUCGAAUUGCAAUUCCUUUUUUAGAAGCCUCUGAGUUGCUUAUAGGUAGCCAUUAUAGGCACAUACAAUGCUUUUACAAUGAUAUUCCUGUACAGUUUUGAAGAGUGCAAUAGUCUUAUUUGGGAGGGCACCUCUAUUCUGAUUCAAAUAGGAAAUUGGGAGCAGAUAUUUGGGGAUAAGGAUAUAAGAUCCUGACCUUAGAACUUUACGGAGAAACUUGGAUUUAGCUAAGCUUAAAAAAUGGGUCCUUGGUACCAAUACCAGAAUAGCUCAGGUGUGAUUCAUGUGCACUAAUUUAUAGCCUAUACAUUUAUUUACUGUGGCUAUGAUACGUCAAAGGGUGCUUCGUCAUGAAUGAAAUAACCUGCCAGGUUGAUACAGCUUUAUGUUUCAGAGUUUUAGAAGAGGGUUAUAGACGUAUUUAAGAACUGGCAACUAAAAUGAUUCUCAUGAAAUUAAAUGCUAUUUUGCUCAGAGGGAUUUGCAUUUACCUAAACAGGUCCCAAGCUGUUCCUGUUGGUGGUUUUAGUGAAACAGCCCUUUACUUACCAUCCCUGAUUUAAGCAUAACGUUUGAGAAGUAAAUUGAGGUUAAAUGAGUGAUUGCUUUGGGUAUGAAAUAACAAAUACAGACAUAUUUGAGAAAUAGUGAGAUACAGGUUUCUCAAACUGGCUUUUUUGAUCUGCCAGCAGAAGCCAGUCCCUUUUUGAGAGGCAAAUUUUGAAGCAAAAAAAAAAUCUUUACCAUUUUCUGGGUGAUC